CCUUGCCGGGGCGCCCCGGCUUCGCGUCUCGCUUGCCCCUCCCGCUGGCUGCUGCCCCCGCCCUUGGGCUCGGGCCCGUUGCUGUCCCGCCCGGCCUGCGUGGGAGGCAAUGGGUCAGCGCGGAAAAAGUGAAUGAGGGCGGCGGCGCGGUACUCGGCUCCAUGGACCCUGCGCGGGCCGCGGCGUGCAAGCCCCCCAGCGGGAGGAAGAUAAAAGCUCGAGCUCCCCCUCCUCCUGGGAAAGCAACACCCCCAAAUGUGCACAGUGAACAGAAAGCUCCCCGGGACAUGUCUCCGGGCCCCAGCCCCCUGCUCUCCGUGAAGGACCAGCACCAGUGCAGCAUGGUGGAUGUCACCGUGGUUCUGCCCAGUGGGCUGGAGAAGAGGAGCAUGGUCAGUGGCAGCCAAGCAAUGAUGGAUCUACUGGUUGAACUUUGCCUGCAGAAUCACCUGAAUCCAUCCCACCAUGCCCUUGAGAUCCGGUCCUCAGAUACCCAACAACCUUUGAGUUUUAAGCCAAAUACUUUAGUUGGGACUCUGGACGUGCACACCAUAUUUCUAAGAGAAAAAGUUCCUGAAGAGAAAGUGAAGACUGCUCCAUCUAGAGUACCCGAGAAAUCUGUGUGUUUGGUAGUGAAUUACCUGCGAACUCAAAAAGCUGUGGUGCGUGUGAGCCCUGAAGUCCCACUCCAGAACAUUCUCCCAGCUAUCUGUGCGAAGUGUGACGUCAGCCCGGAAAACGUGGUCCUCCUCAGAGACAACAUCGACGGGGAGGAGCUGGAGCUCUCCAAGUCCUUGAAUGAGCUUGGCAUCAAGGAGCUCUAUGCCUGGGACAACCAGCGAGAAACUUUUAGAAAAUCAUCACUUGGCAAUGAUGAGACAGAGAAAGAGAAGAAAAAAUUUCUGGGAUUUUUCAAAGUUAAUAAAAGAAGCAGUAGUAAGGCAGAGCCUCUGGGACUCUCAGGAGCCAUUAGCGAUGAGGAUCCCUCCAGGUCCAUCAGCGGAGGCCUGAAUGGCUAUUUAACAAUGCCGAACACUCCCUCCUCGAAAUCACGUUCCAUCACGCCGGGGCCUUCCCUGUCCCUGAGCAACAUCUCGGGGGUGUCCUUGAAGUCGGACAUGAAGAAGCGCCGGGCACCGCCCCCUCCCUCUCAGCCUGCUGCAGCGCCACAUGCGCAGGACAGGGCACCAGAAAAGAUGUCUCUGGGCUCACAGAUUGAUUUACAGAAGAAAAAGAGGCGAGCACCUGCUCCUCCUUCACCACAGCCUCCACCUCUGACCCCUGUCAUCCCAACCCGCAUGGAGGACAAGGAGGAGAAGAGGAGGAGCGCCACAGGUGUUGGACGACUGGUACCGCAAAAGCCUCCCAGAGGCACUUCUCGGAGACCUCCCCAAUUAGUGCUCCCCCCACCCCCACCCUACCCCCCUCCUGACAUAGACCUGGCUGAUCCGCUGGGUAUUCCUGGGGAAGGAGCUGUUGACGAGGCCUCUGAUCUGAGACUUACACUGAGCCUGCCCCUGCAGCCUGAGGGUCACUGCAGCACAGAUGGGGUCUCGUCGGUACCAGCAGAGGCUGAGGAAACCGUGUCGGUUGGCAGCUGCUUCGCAUCAGAAGACACGACAGAGGACUCGGGGGUCGUGAGCUCCCUGUCAGACGUCAUCUCUCUCGACUCACAGCAUGACAGCACCAAGUCCAAGGACAAGUGGGCCACAGACCAAGAGGACUGCAGUGACCAGGAUCUGGCUGCAACUCCAGACCCGGGCCCCCAGAGGAGCCCCUCCUGGGAAAGGAGCAGCUCAGGAAACAAGCAUUCCAGAAGUGAAAAAGUGACUGUAGCCUCAAAUGAUGAUGGGGAUCAGUUUUUCGUUGAACAGUUCCAGAAGACUAUGGCAGAUCUUGAUGAGGACCUGGAAGAAAAAUUGCAAGAGUGUUAUGAAACAGACAGCAGUUCUCUGACCAACUCUAUAAACGAGGUACCUAGCUACAGUGCCCAAGAGGGCAGAAUGCCCAACAGUGACGCAGAUGCCAUCCCAGUCACGUUCAUCGGGGAAGUUCUCGAUGACCCUGUGGAAUCAGGGGUGCUCUCCAAUAGCAACAACAAUGCUGGUUCCUCUGACACAGGUAGCACGUCCAGGAGAGCUCCCCAGUCUCCAGACCGGACAGAGCAAAAUCAGCAACUGCAAGCUGGUAGGAAGAAGGCAGAAGUGAAGGACUCAACUGCUUCUGCCCACCACUUGGGAAAGGAGAUCAGGCUGCCCUUAUCCAGCACCUGUAAAGAUGUGAAGCCAUCUAAAGUGGAGCACAAGGCGACUGCAGCAUCUGUGCUCCACACACACAGCCUGAAGACAAAGGAGCAAGACCGAGAAUCAGACAAUGGGAAGCAGCAGGGCCUGGAGAGGGGGACUUCACGUUCUUCUGUACAGGAAAAGGAUGGUGGCAAUGAGAACAGAGCCUCAGCGCCACCAGCAUGGUAUCAACAGAACCAAAGCCCAGGGAGAUGUUAUGGGCUUAAAUGUGGUCUCACAACUUAUAAAAUUGUCCCUCCAAAGUCAGAUAUGAAGUGCUAUGAUAGAGGAGUAUCCCUUACCACAGGCGCCAUCAAGAUUGAUGAAUUGGGAAACCUGGUGAGUCCCCAUGCCAAUAGGGGCAGAGCCAUGGCCACAAAAUCUCCAACUCUGGAAGAAGAACUGCAGCCCAUUGGGAAAGUCAAAGAAUUCUGGAGGUCGAACUCUGUGGAAAAGCACUCGGGUAGGUGCACAGAGAGCUGGGCCAAGAGAAGCCCAGUGACCACCCCAAACAUGGCAGAGAGCAACCCCAGAGCAGACCCCAUCUCUCCUGACCCCAGAGUGAAGGUGCCUGAGCAGCAUCAGCCUGGCCAGCAGGAAAAUGGGAAACCCAUGAAGGAUAAUGGAAGCCAGCCACCUGUGAGAGCCUCUGGCCAUGGGAGAGCCCCAGCAGCUAAUGUCACUGAAUUCCCCUUCCCCAAGCCUCAGAGAAGAACAUCCAGUCAGUAUGUAGCCUCUGCUAUUGCCAAGCGAAUAGGACCAUCCAAAGCCCCCACUCAGGUGGUAAGGAAGCAUGAUGAUGUCCAGAAGACCCAUGAAGAAGGAGUGCCUGAGCUUAUGGGGCAGCCCCCCAAAUUCAAUAACAGUCCAACCCCCAGAGCACGGCCAGAGACACUCGUGCAUGCACAUAAAGAUGAUGCAAGAUCCCCCCACAACCACCUCCCCAGCACCAAUGGGGAAGAGCUGAUGUUUGGAAUGCAUCACAGAGAGCAACCUAAGAAUUCACUUGGAAAGCUGUCUACUCAAGACAAUCCGUCCGGUACCCAGAGAAGAGCCUUUGUCCAGCCAGGCACCUAUUUCCAGAAUGACAAUGUUUCUGUGGGACAGAGCAGUGGAAAGCCCCAUGCAAGUCCCCAUCAGGUUUCCUCAGAGUCUGAUCUCAAGCACUUGCCAGGUAGUCAGAAUCCCCCGCCGCCUCCCUCAGAGGACCAGACUCUUGGCAGGGUCCUAAUGAACAAAUCCAGGCAGGUCCCAGUCUCCAGUGAGCCUCCUUGGUCUCCAGCCGCAUCUAACAUCAAUGGCCUCGCCAGGCAGGAGACCCUCCAACAGGAGAAAAAAACUAACAUGUCAUGCAUAGAUGUACAAGAAACUGAUGACACUUUGACAUCAGACAUCUUUGGGCCAAAGAAAAAAUUCAAACCUGUUGUCCAGAGGCCAGUCCCCAAAGAUACUUCACUGCACAGCGCCCUGAUGGAAGCCAUCCACUCAGGAGGAGGGAAAGACAGGCUUCGCAAGACCGCAGAGCACACCUCAGAGGGAAAGCCAAAGAAACCAUCGUACACGGAGUCGGAGAGUGAGCAUUCAGCGCUGAUGGCAGCCAUCCGAGGCCACGGGGGCACCUGCAGCCUGCGUAAGGUGUCGUCUACUGCCUCUGAGGAGCUCCAGAGCUUCCGUGAUGCCUCCCUGUCCACAGCAGGGGCAGAAUCUCCUAGACGGGAAGACCUUGGUGUCCACCACCAACUCCCUCCACGACCUCCACUCCUUCCAGCCCCCCAGGCACCCUUAGGCCCCCUCAACAACACCGCAGAUGCCAGGCAGGCCUUGCUGGAUGCCAUCCGCUCAGGCACGGGAGCUGCAAGACUGAGAAAGGUGCCUUUGCUCGUGUGAUUCAGACCGAAGAUCAGAUGUGGCAGAAACCCACCAUCACCGCUCAAGAAUACUAUAUUCAAGAGUCAUAAAAAUUUUGUGUGCUCUCUUGUCUAUAGGCCAAAACUUGAGGUGUUGAUUAUCAGUCCUAUAUAUUGCAAAGGUGGAGAAGUCUAUGUUUCUCCGCUACACAGUUUGUGUGCCAAGUAAAUGCAUUUUGCCUCUGAAUAUUUUAAGUUGCCAAUAACCAAUUCUUGUUGGCAGGUUAACGGUAUAUAAAUGCUGGUACCCAACACUACCAAAUAAUUAUAUUAAUGGGCAAUGUGGAAAAAGUCAUGCCUUAUAUCAGUUUGGAACCUUUAAGACUUUGACCACAUUUGAAUGAUUAAAACCAUCUAGUUAUUUAAAAUCUUAAAUUCUAGGGGAAAUACAUCAAUCAAUGGAAAUAAUCAGACUAUCAUCAUGCUGCAUGGUACUAUAUGUAUAUAUGUAUACAUAUAUAUAUAUAUCUUGAUAGUAAGAAAAAAGUGGAGGCAUCUUCAAAGGUGAUUUUGUUGAGUGAAACUAUUGGAUUGUUUAUUCCUCAAAAAUGUGGUAUUAAAGCUUCACAGAGGGUCACUGAUCAUAAUCUGAUCGACUAUAUUUUUUAAAUCAACUGUGUUCAUCCAAAUAAAAAUCACAUGACAUAUGGGCAGAGGCAUGUUUAUUAAGUCUCUAAAUACCGUGAUGAUUGGUAUCAGAAUGACAGUGGAAUCCAUGUCACUGCCCUCCAAACUCUACAGCUCUUCCCAGCGGCUGUGAAGUAGAGCAGAUUUCUCCAAGGAAAGCCACGUAUUGAGCCCUUGACUUCCCUAGGAGCCUUGACAGUCGUGCCUGGCCAGAGGGGGAUGGGGAGUAAGGCAGGGCAGGAGUCUGUGUCACCAAGAUUGGAUCAACUUGUGCUAAUAUUUCACAACUGGGUUUCAUUCUUUAUGCUUUUGCCCAACAGAUGCUUUUGCCCACAAAGUUCCCUGUGUCCUAUGGCAGAUCUCUCAUAAUAUUCAGCCACUAGUAUUUAUAAUAAUGUUUAAAGAAUAAUUUAUCACAUCUAGAUCUAAAACAUUUUGUUAUACUGAAAUAAGAGCUCUUUAGGAGAUUAAUAGGAAUCAAGAGGAAUUCAUGAAAUCAAGUUUCAAUCUUAAGGAAACAACAAACUUGGUGAGAUCACUUGACUGUUUCAAAAACUAUUUCUGAUCAAAUAGAAUGGAAACUUGGCUCCUUGUUGUCUGAUUAAAGGCAUUACCUUUCUCAGUAUGGCAGGAGCAUCUAGCCAAGCAUCUUGCUCCAAGUCUCACUGUAUCUACUGUUUGUCUUUCGUGCCACAAAUAA